AGUACCCCACGAGGAAACAGCCCAUAUUCAGCACAAGAAAAGACAUCCCAAAAUGAAGGUUUUCUUCAUCGUCCUCCUGGCAGCGGUCCUGUGCAUGGACUCAGGUUCUUCUCUGAGGUGUUUCAGCUGCAAGUCAAAACUCAGCAACAACAACUGUAAGGAAGAAGUGAACUGCAGCGGAAAGAGCACAUGCAAGACAGAAGUGAUCAGGAUCAUCGGGCUCUUCAACAUCAUCAGCAAGGGCUGUGAAUCAACAUGCGAAGCAGACUUUCAGGACUUCAAAGUGGGCAACAGGAAUGUCUCUUGCUGCAGCACCGACCUCUGCAACGUCAAUGCAGCUGGCAGUGUGAGGUGCAACUAUGGGAUGGCAGCAGGGAUAUCAGCCAGUGUGCUCUGGGCCUUCCUGAACAACAGAUGGUGA